AUGUCGAUGCCUAAGAAGGGUCAGAUUGCCAUCUAUGAACUCCUUUAUAAGGAAGGAGUGAUGGUUGCCAAAAAAGACGUCCACAUGCCCAAGAACCCCGAGUUGGCAGAUAAGAACGUGCCCAACUCUCACGUCAUGAGGGCCAUGCUGUCUCUCAAGUCUCGAGGCUACGUGAAGGAGCAGUUUGCUUGGAGACAUUUCUACUGGUACCUCACGAAUGAGAGCAUCCAAUAUCUCCGGGAUUACCUACACCUACCUCUGGAGAUCAUGCCCGCCACCCUGCGCCGCAGCCGUCCCGAGACCGGCAGGCCUCGGCCCAAAGGUCCAGAGGGUGAGCAGCCUGCAAGAUUCACAAGAGGGGAGGCAGACAGAGACACCUACAGAAGGAGUGCUGUGCCCCCUGGAGCUGAUGAAAGCUAA